AAAGCACUGGCGAUUGGUAAACAAUUUUCAAAGUUUCGCGCGUGAAAGCCGUUGGCCCGGUAUGUUUUUGUAUUUGUGUCGUCGUAAAACCUGGUAAAACUUGAUUUCGGUUCUAUCGUUGAAAGUUGAUAAUGAGAAGAAAACAUGCGGCGAAGCCUAGCCCCAAGUCAAGUGGCCAAGCGCAGACCAGAAGAUGAGUAUAGUCCUUUAACUCAGCAAACAACGAAGAGAGGUCGCAAGCUAUCAUGUACACAGCGUGUUCCACUUUCUCCUUUGCCUCUUACACCACUCCCAGCUCCUAUAACACAAGAAAGUGUAUCAAACCAUGAAUCCCUAAUUCGGAGCCUUCUUGCCAAGCCUUUCAAAGUACCCAUUCCUAAUUAUCAAGGUGGAUAUUCAGGACGUGCAUUAGGUGUACGUAGAUCAGGCAUUAGAAGACCUCUUCAUGAUCCAGAAGAACCAAAUGCUCUUGUGCUAUAUGAACCUCCACCUCUAUCGGAACACGAUAAACUUAAAGGAGAUGCAGAUAAACAUCCUGUUCAUGUAGUAGUUGAUCCUAUUCUCUGCAACGUCUUACGCCCUCACCAAAGAGAAGGUGUCAAGUUUAUGUAUGAAUGUGUCACUGCAGUACGAAUUGAGAAUGCCUAUGGAUGUAUCAUGGCUGAUGAGAUGGGUUUGGGUAAAACCUUGCAGUGCAUUACCCUCAUGUGGACCCUUCUAAAACAAGGGCCUGAUUGUAAACCUCUUAUCAGCAAAGCUAUCGUAGUAGCUCCAAGUAGUCUUGUCAAGAAUUGGUUCAAUGAAAUUAACAAAUGGCUUGGAGGGAGAGUUAACUCACUUGCCAUAGACUCAGGAGGCAAAGAUGAAAUAGAUAAAAAACUUCAAGGAUUUAUGCAAACAUAUCGUGGACGCCCAGUCAACCCCAUUCUUAUAAUUUCAUAUGAAACUUUCCGUUUGCAUGCUCAUGUUCUUCAUAAGGGAGAAGUCGGUCUAGUACUUUGUGAUGAGGGCCAUCGUUUGAAAAAUUGUGAAAACCAAACCUAUCAGGCUCUAAUGGGCCUUCAAGCCAGACGAAGGGUUCUUUUGUCAGGCACACCAAUUCAGAAUGACUUGUUAGAAUAUUUCAGCUUAGUUCACUUUGUGAAUCAAGGCAUUCUUGGAACAGCACAGGAAUUUCGUAAGCAAUUUGAAAUUCCUAUCUUAAGAGGGCAGGAUGCCUGUGCAACUGAUGGAGAACGUGCACGAGGACAAGAGUGUCUUGAUAGAUUAGCUGCCUUGGUAAAUCGUUGCCUAAUCAGGAGAACAUCAGCCCUGUUGUCAAAGUACUUGCCAGUGAAAUAUGAACAAGUAAUUUGUGUAAAACUCACACCAUUACAAGAAAAGUUGUACUCGGAAUUCAUUAAUUCUGAAAGCAUAAGGAGGACUGUCAAUGAGGUGGAUGAUGGAAGAGGUAAUAAGAAGGGUGGAAAAGGCAUGCUCUCUGCCCUGUCUGCUAUUACUACUUUGAAAAAGCUUUGCAACCACCCCGACCUUGUCUAUGAAAAGAUAUCACAGCGAACUGAAGGCUUUGAAAAUGCCAUGGCACAUCUCCCUAGUAACUAUGACGUCAAGAAAGUUCUUCCAGAACUAUCAGGGAAGUUGAUGGUGCUUGAUUGCCUCUUGGCUGUUGUUAAAUCAACUACCAAUGACAAAGUUGUAUUGGUAUCAAAUUAUACUCAAACAUUAGACUUGUUUGAAAAACUAAGCCACCAUCGUAACUACAACUAUGUGAGAUUAGAUGGUUCUAUGAGUAUUAAAAAAAGAGCCAAAGUUGUUGACAAAUUUAAUGAUCCAAAUAGUCCUGAUUUCAUAUUCAUGCUCAGUUCAAAAGCAGGAGGAUGUGGACUCAAUUUAAUUGGAGCAAAUCGACUAGUGAUGUUUGAUCCUGACUGGAACCCUGCUAAUGAUGAUCAGGCAAUGGCAAGAGUUUGGAGAGAUGGACAACGGAAACCAUGCUUCAUAUACAGACUUCUUAGUACUGGCACUAUUGAGGAGAAAAUAUUCCAACGACAAGCUCACAAAAAAGCAUUGAGUUCUUGUGUUGUGGAUAAUGAAGAAGAUGUGGCAAGACAUUUUAGUCUUUCAGAUUUGAAAGAUCUGUUUAAACUUGAGAAGAAUACUCUUAGUGAUACCCAUGACAAGUUUAAAUGCAAACGUUGUGUAAAUAGAAUACAGGUUAAACCUCCAGGAGAAGAAUAUGACUGUACAGCUGAUUUAUCAUUCUGGCAUCACAGUGCUGACAAGCGUGGAUUAGUGGAUGGUAUUCUGAAGCAAUGCUGGGAUGCUGGCCUUUCAUUUGUCUUCUACCAGCGAUCACAUCAGCAGAAGGCAAUACCCUGAAGUGUUGUCAUGUAGUCUCCUGUGAUAUUGACAAAUAUUUAUAACAUGAACUUUAGUUCAUAAAAUUUUAGAUAUAUAGAGGUACAUAUUAUUAUGCAAAUGGAAUGUGCCUCACCCCGGGCUGAAUGCUUAGGAUAAUUAUUUUAUAUGCAAGACCGGAGAGUGUGUGUCUAAAAGUAUAAUUAGCAUGACAUGAAUGAUAAAAUAAUUGAUUUGAUUCAUGCCUGCUCUUUUUGCCAAAUUAUUCAUAAUUUUUUUGAAUGGUAUCUGUGAUCAAAUAAUUGGUGUGACGUUUCCCAUAAAAUUUCUACAAGUCUUUGAAAA